CCCGCGCACCCCCGCGGGCAUGGCGGCCCCGACCAGGAGGGAGAGGCAGGUGUGCUGGGGCGCGCGCGACCGCUACUGGCGCUGCCUGGACGAGAACGCCGAGGACGCGGCCCGCUGCCGGGCGCUCCGGAGCUCCUUCGAGGACAGCUGCCCCGCGCAGUGGAUCAAAUACUUUGAUAAAAGAAGAGACUACUUGAAGUUUAAGGAAAAAUUUGAAGCAGGUGAAUUUGAGCCUUCAAAAUCAACUGCAAAUUCCUAGGCUGUUCUUGAACUUUCUGCAAGGAUUGAAGCGAUUCUUCCUGCUCAUUCAACGCUGCUGUGCGGCGUCCAGGACGGCAUGAAUUGGGUUUGCCCGGCGCUGCAACCUGUGUAUAGAGAGCACUCAGGAACCAGGGUGACCAAGGAGCAGCCACGUCUUUCAAACGAUGAAGAACUGAAGGGACCACAAAUAGGCUUAACCUUCAUCUACAAAGAAAUUGAUUUUGAGAAAAAAAGUAAAGCCUAUUAUAAAAACACAUUGCCAAUUUCCUUUUCUGGAACAGGAGCCAAGAAGUAGGCACGUCUUUGCAGUUGUCACAUUAGACACUAGGUUGUCACGUGUGCUCGGUGGAGCUCCCGCUUAACCGACGCAGUGGCGCAGGAUUGGGGUCAGAUGUGCG